CGGCUGACGCGACCACCCGCGGGUAGACCACCGCACUGUCGUCUCCUGACAGCCCUCUGAGGCCCGGCCCGCUCACUCGCCCCGAAACCCGGCGGGUCUGUCAUCCACGGGCCGCACCCGACUCGGCCGCUCCGAUGCCCACCCAUGACGACCAUUAGGAGAUCGCAACCGACAGCACCCGCUUCUCGGAGGUUCUACGGCGAUCACAAGAAACAAGUGAACACAUGCCCCGACGGCGGCCCGCUCACCCUGCAGGAGGCGUAUCUGCCGCCGCAGCUGCUCCUUUUCCUCCAUCUCCGGAGUCCGCGACGCCUAGCCAGACCCCCUCGACGUCAUCGCUGCGCGACUAUUCCCCGCGGGCGGGGACCAGAGAACGCCGAACUUCACUAUGCGUAGACAUGGAGUCGGAAGGCUCCGUCGCCCCGGCAACCCUAGGAGAGCGCAUGCGCGGAUCGAGAAAAAACGUCAUCUUAAAGCACCCGGAAGUGAUCGCAAUCUGGCUUCUGCACCAAUUCCUGCGCCUCGUUUCCUACGCUGGGGCUUCCAUGGAAGACUUGGAGGAGCUGGAUUGGGUGUGGCUCUUCACCCUCCCUCCUGGCCAACAAUCAGCAGGAUCCAUGAGAUGAGCGUGACACUGAAUGCUGCAAUGGAAAGACCCUUGGCAGGCUGUCCUGUACCUCCUGGAGAGAGAAGAACAGGAAGUGACCAAAAGAGAAGUGGGCAGAGAGCCAGGACCCAGCAUGCAUCGCUCCAACCCCAACUGCAAAGCUUCUCAGACCCACAAAGCUACCCCUGGAUCAUUUUGUUAGUGUGGAGGUGGAUAAUCUCAGGAUGAGCUCCCUCUUGUUAGAUUCAAUAAAACUAGACACAGUAAGGCUUCAGCCUCAUGUGUCUGAGACAAAUGACUCUCUCAGGAGCCCUCCCAGAAAUUCUUUAUUCUAC